CCAUAUGGGACAUCUACCAGCUGAUCCAAUGGUAUAACCCCUCCAGGUCUAGUCAUAGGCACAUGCUCCCAAGCCCAAAGCUUUCCUAUCUCCUCUGCUCUAUUGCGUACUUCUGUUCUCUGCUUCGUUCUUCGAUCUUCCGCUACCCUCUUGCUGCUGAUUCACUGAGGGAGGGUAGCCGCUACCGUUCGACUAAGCGGACGCUACUGCAGUUCCGUCAGGAGGGAGGACGUCACCCGCAACGUUAUCUCUGUCGCCGUACGGUUUUGCCGCUGCUGUCUUCUUUGCGGUUCCCAUUGCCAGAAUCCAUGGUUACACCGAACAGUAGUGCCACCACCUCUGCAUCGUACUCUCUGCCACCUGUGCUAGGUGGGAAUGUGGGAUUACUGCCGCUGUGUUCUACUCUUGAUGAAGAGAUGGGGGAUCGCCACUCGUGCCUCGCCGUUGCUGCUCGGGAAGGGGACGCGAUAAUUCAACAAUACCCUAGACGGGAAAAAGUAAUCACGGAACCAUCCGCCAGUCCCCCACGAAUCAGCGAAUCGCAAAGCAGCCAUCUGAAAUCUGGAAUUGUCAAAUCGCCGGUCCAAGGAAUCGGCGAAUUGCUGCUCGGGAGCCAUCUUACUCCUUGACGGAACCUUGAUCGUCGCUCCGAUCUUCUCGUCGACAAAUGGCAGACCAAACUCAACAAAGCGUCAGUGCUUCUUCAUAAUCAACUGCAAACACUAACGUUAUUACUUCCGAAGAAGUUAUUUCAUAUCAAGAUGCAGAACUCAAUGCUAAAAAAAGAAAGUUGACUUCUCGGGUUUGGGAUUACUAUGAUAGGGAGUGUCUUGGAGGUGGUAAAGUUAUUGCAACUUGCUUGGGAUGUAAACGAAAAUUCGACGGAUGAAGUAAGGCUGGUACUACUCACUUGAAAAAUCAUAAUGAUGUUUGCUCUUUUUCUAAGAAAUCGGUUGAUAUUAGACAAGCUUAUAUUGGAAAAUCUAUAGAUAACGUCAAUCCAUAUAAUAAGAUUAAAACACACAAGUUUGACCCAUCGGUUGAAAGAGCUUUGUUUGCUAAAAUGAUAGCUAAACAUGAUUUUCCUUUUCUUAUGUCUCAGUAUGAAUACUUUAGACAUUGGAUUUCAUAUUGCAUGCCAUCUUAAAAAUUUUGCUCAAGGGACACAGUGAAAAAUGAUUUGAUGGAAGUUUACACUGAAGAAAAGGGAUUUUUGGUAAAUGUUUUUGGAAAGUUAAAUUCACGAAUGACUCUUACAACUGAUGGCUGGACUUUAGAUCAUCAAAACCGUGGAUACUUUUGUGUGACUUGCCAUUACAUUGAUUGUAAUUGGAUAUUGCAAAGUAAAUUACAACUUUAUCA